AUGGAGACGCCGCAAAAGACCGUCAUCGUCGGCGCCGGGCCGGUUGGCUCGCUGGCGGCGUUAUAUGCCGCUCAGAGAGGCCAUCAGGUCGAGGUCUAUGAGCUGCGACCAGAUUUGCGAAAUCCCGGCAUCAUCCCGCUCAACUUUACAAAAUCCAUCAACCUCGCCGUCUCGGAGCGCGGUAUCAACGCCAUGCGGCUCGCCGGCCACCCAACAUUGCUCCAGUCCGUCAUGGACCGCACCGUCCCCAUGCACGCUCGUAUGAUACACGGCAGAGGGCCGACGGGGGCGCCGUACGAACAUUCGCAGAGCUACGAUGCCAGAGGCCGAGCGAUAUACGCCAUCGAUCGCUCAGGACUAAACUCGAUUCUUCUUGACCAUCUCGACUCGAUGCCCAACGUCAAACUAUUCUUCAACCAUAAGCUUACCGGUGCAGAUUUUCGCCAAUGUCGCGCCUGGUUCGAGGCUCAUGACACGGCCUUGGGUGUCAACGGUCGCCCCAAGGAGAUCGAAAUCACCUUUGACCUCAUGAUGGGCGCCGACGGUGCGCAUUCGGCCGUUCGGUACCACAUGAUGAAGUUCUCCCGCAUGGAUUACCAGCAAGAGUACAUCGAUACGCUUUGGUGCGAGUUCCAGCUGAGCCCGCGACGGGAAACGGGUGGUCCGUGGGGCGAAUACCAGAUAUCGCCGAAUCACCUGCACAUCUGGCCGGCCAACGACUUCAUGUUCAUCGCCAUCCCGAGUGAGGACGGGUCCUUCACCUGCACCUUGUUCCUUCCAAGCAAGCAGUUUGCCGACUUGGAGAGGGACCCGACCAGCUUGCCGGCCUUUUUCGACGAGCACUUCUCGGGUGUCACCGACCUGAUUCCCAGCGAAACUCUCAUCUCGUCCUUCGAGGAGAACCCCCACCUUCCGUUGAUCAGCCUCAAGUGUCGGCCCUACCACCACGGCUCUUCGGGUGUCAUCAUCGGGGACGCAGCCCAUGCCAUGGUGCCUUUCUACGGUCAGGGCAUGAAUGCGGGCAUGGAAGAUGUACGCAUACUCUUUUCCAUCAUGGACAAGCAUGCCGAGGCUUUGGCUGAGUACUCCCAAUUUCGCGCGGCUGACUCGCAUGCCAUCAACGACCUGGCGCUGCAAAAUUAUGUCGAGAUGCGGUCAUCCGUCCUCUCGAGACGGUAUCGACUUCGCAAGUUCCUCGAGGAGUUUAUGAGUGUGAAUUUUCCUCAGCUUGGCUGGCACACCAAAUAUGCGAGAAUUAGCUUCAGCAACGAAGGCUACGCUACAAUUGUGCGACAAAAUUCCCAUUGCCCCCCGAUGAACAACCCCCCGCAGCACACCUUUGGUGCCAAGUGUCGGCUCGCCCAUAUCCCUCGCCGCCUCAGCAUCACUGACACGCCCCCGGUUCAAGCCCAGUUUUUCUACGCAUCCUCUGUCCCCAUUGACGAACCCCUUUCUGCGCGACUCGCAAGUACUACAUUGGAUUCAAAGUCGGCAAGGUGCCAGUCACGUCCGUUUAACAAUGGCGAUAACAACGAUCUGGAGAAGGCCUGGCUGACGCUCUUCUCUGACGCUGCCUGCCAACAGCAUGACGCCGUCUUGACAGCCCAUCGUGUGCCGUCCGCCACUUCGCAAUGUGCCAUGGAUAUGAAAUCUCGGCUCGUCCAGAAACUGGCAGCUCACCAUGAUACCAAAAACCUUGAUCCGUCCAGAAGUGCAGCCUCGGCCUCCUCAUCCGAUGCUCUGCCCUCAUCUGCUACCGACUGUAGCAUCGACCUCCUUCUGAACGUGUCACUCGAGCUGCAGAGCAAUAUUUGUAGCCUUUUAAGAAAAUACACACCAGAGCUGAGCAUCGAAAAUAUUGCCCAGGAAGUUGUCGCAGCCAGAGGUAGCCGGACCAAGACCGCAUCCGUCGUUGCCGCCGAAUCACCAGCUGGGCCAUGCUCGUCAAGCACCGACCCUGGCGGAAUCCACGAUCCUACCAGUUCCCCCCUCAGGCCUAAUUCAUCGGGGGACAGAGGCAGUGAGAAUACACACCAAUCAAUGAAUGAUGUGGCCGAUGGCAACCGAAGCCGUCAAAGAGUAGCAUUGCAACUGAAAGAUAGUUCGCCUCGCAUGCAAAAGCUACCCAGUCCUCGAGGACACAUCCGCACCCCGGUGAGGGGCCCUGAUGGCGAUACGGGCAACCCUUUGGUGCGCGCUGGCGCUGUUGGUAUAUCGCCAUCUACUUCAGCUAGCGUUCCACGUAACGACGGUGCACCCAAGGAAACGCUCGCUCCCUGCGGCGGACACGGAAAUAACGACGUACCGGUUGUCCACAGUGAACCUGGGAUGGAGGUGGACGAUCCCUCAUUCGCUCCUUGCGACCAAGAAGACGCCCUAGGCAUCGUGGUUGGCGUAUCUCGGCUGCACAAAGUCAUUCUCCCACUGCUUCAGAUGAAGCCCAUAUAUUGGUCUCCAGUCAACGAUAUCGCCGUCGUGAUGAGAGCUACAUGGUUUUUCAGAGACACGAUGCUACCUGUCAACCCAGUUGUCGCGAACCAGCUAGAGGCUGGAUACUGCGAGUUGCGCCCAUGGACGGAGACUUGGAGAGAUGAAGUACGAUGCGCAAUUGAGGUCGGUCCAUUAGGCGAGGAGAAGGUCUCGCAUUGGCUAUGGCCUCAGGACUCCAACAAUGGAUUGUACAGGAACAAGAAAGGCAGUUUUGAACCUCCCAUUCCAUCUGAUCCAUGCUGUGCCGCACGUUGCUUCCAAGGCGAUGCCGCGGCACAAGGGUCCAUCGAAUCUCUUCUCGAGGGACCAGCCGUGGCCAAGGAACUGCCAAACCGUCUCUUUUCUAACCACCACGUAAUUUACAAGGACCAGACUCACGCUUUUCUUCUGAAACCCAGCCUCAAGCCGUCGGCCUAUUAUGGAAGACGACCUCUUCUUAAGAUCAUGAAUGGGUCUACGGUCGGUGUUCCCGUCGUCAGGGGCUUCAGCCGCCGUACCUGGGAACGCGUUCAUGGCGGACGACAGACGCGUCAUCAGAAUGAGCCGCCUUCGCUUGCGUCUGCAGAAUCCCAACAGAACGCCGGCUCGGGUGAUUGCCCGGCAUGCGAGGCUGAAAACGAACGCGGCCAAGUCACCGACCUUGUUCUUGUUGCUCAUGGCAUCGGACAAAAAAUUGCCGAGAGGGUGGAGAGCUUCCACUUCACACAUGCCAUCAAUGGCUUUCGGCGAGCUGUGAAUCUUGAGCUGACAAAUCCCAUCGUUCGACAGAUUCUUCGACAAGAUCAGAAUGGCCUCAUGAUAUUACCUCUCAACUGGAGAACCGGACUGUCAUUUGAAGAUGGCCGCGCUGGCAAUGCUGAAGGCAGAGCCUCCAGCGUUGCCGAAUCGUUUGCUCUGAAAGACAUCGAACCCACCACCAUACCGGCCGUCCGCAGCUUGAUUUCAGAUGUCAUGUUCGAUAUUCCAUUCUACAUGUCCCACCACAAAAACAAGAUGAUCAAGGCUCUCGUCCUUGAGGCGAACAGGGUAUAUCGUCUAUGGUGUCGAAACAAUCCAGGGUUUGCCCAUCGGGGACGAGUUCACCUCAUUGCCCAUUCUCUUGGAAGCGCCAUGGCACUUGAUGUCCUUUCUCGGCAGCCCACGACGGUCCCCAGCCUCGACUUGAACAAUGACGAAGCCGAGGCACGCUUCUUCGAAUUCGACACGAAGAACUUGUUUCUCCUCGGCAGCCCAGCCGGAUUUUUCCUUCUCCUCGAACAUGGAGCACUCCUGCCUCGACGUGAGCGCCGCAAGCCGGGCGCUGACCCGGACGAUGUUGCAAACGAAAGUGUUGUCGGAGAAGCAGGACAAUUUGGCUGCCUCGCAGUGGACAACGUGUACAAUGUUCUUGCCAAGGAGGACCCCAUUGCAUACCUUCUGAACGGGGCCGUCGAUCCCACGUAUUCUGCUAGCCUCAAAGUUGCUUAUGUCCCCGGCACGUCCCAAUCUAUUUUCAAGUCGUUAGGAGAAGCUGUGCGUCAGGUUGUGCCUGGCAUGGCGCCAUCCACAAACGCAUUCGCUUUGAAGCAGGAGCCAAUCCCCACGCUUCGCCUCCCCUCCCAACUGGAGCUGGAAGUUCACAAUUUCAGCCGCGAGGAGAUUGCCGAGAAAAAGGCCUUUCUGCUCAAUGAUAACGGGCAGAUAGACUGGUUUCUGAGGUCUGGUGGGGGCCCACUCGAGAUUCAGUAUCUUAACAUGUUGAGCGCGCACACGAGCUACUGGACCAACCUAGAUUUCAUUCGCAUGCUUUGCAUUGAGAUUGGGAGAAAGCCCGGCAAAGCGAACACGCUACCAGCUAUGAGGGUUGUCAAAGCAAAACGACGCUUUGCCCCAAGAAAUCAGGGGUUGGGAUAG